UUGAGCGUGAAUUGUUGUGAAGACAUCAACUUCAUCGUCAUGUCGACAUUACCAUUGAGACCAUUAAGUGGUCAGUUACAAAAAGUAGCACGUGAACAAUUAUUUGAAGAUCCCGCAAACAUUCAAGAGAACUUGAACGCAUUUAGAGAAUGGAUUAAGAAAUCGCCACAUUUGAAAUCGAGGAAUGACGAUCAAUUCCUUGUCUCGUUUUUACGUGGAUGUAAAUACAGUUUGGAGCGUGCAAAACAAAAGCUUGACAUGUACUACACGUUGAGAACACACAUACCGGAAUUAUUUGCUGAUCGAGAUCCGACGAGUGAGAAGAAUCAAACAGUGAUCAAAUUAGGUGCUGCACUUCCACUUCCUAUAACUGACUCGCCUGACUCACCAAGACUCAUGUUAAUGCGUCCCGGAGCUUUUGAUGCAACAAAGUUUACAAUGCAAGACGUUAUGAAAAUUUCAACAAUGGUUAUGGAUAUUUCAAUGCAGGAAGAUGACAACAUGACAGUCGCUGGUCAAAUCGGUAUUGUUGAUCUUGCGAAUGUUACACUUGCACAUUUAAUUCAAAUGCAACCGGCGUUUAUAAAGAAGAUGACCAUGAUGUGGCAAGAUGGACUACCGAUCCGACAGAAAGGUGUUCAUUACAUCAACACUCCCAAAAGUUUUGAACAAGUCUUCAACAUCAUCAAAAGCUUCAUGAAUGAAAAAAUGAGAUCGAGAGUUUACGUUCAUUCAUCACUCGAUUCGCUUUAUAAAGUUGUGCCACGAAGAUUAAUGCCAAGCGAAUAUGAGGGCGAGGCUGGUUCGCUUCAAAGUUUAGUAGAAAAAUGGGAGAAAAAGCUUCAUUCGUAUCGUGAUUACUUCGUUGAAGACAUCAAAUUUGGUGUUGAUGAAAAGAAGCGUCCAGGACGUCCCAAGAAUCCCGACUCUUUGUUUGGAAUCGAUGGAACUUUCCGACAGCUUCAAUUCGAUUAGUUUUUCUCUUAAUUGAGUUUCAUUUUUUUUAUUUUAAGUGACAGUAAUAAAACGAACCACAUGAAAAACUGAUAAAGCUU